AAAACGAUCCAUACAUUUCCUUUAUUUUCUCAGAGAAAGAAAGUUGUCCGUUCCAAACUUGAUUGAUUUAUUGACAGAAAAUAAAUCAAUCUUGAUUUUGGAAAUGAAUGACUCGUGUUUAAUUCAAACUUUCCGGUGAUUUCGGAACAGCUGAACGCACCAUCAGAUUCGGCAUUAGUGCGGUUGUUGGUUGGAGAAGUUUUGUGGGGAGGACGGGGCCGUUUCAGACUCCGGGUCCGUGUGUCCGUGACACACCUCUCAGCGGAGGUCCACCCUCUGAGCCGCGGCCGCGCGGAUCAUUACAGACAGACACUGACAGGCACGCAGAGCACCGGCAACCACAGGGACUGGAGCGGGAACAUGGCCGAUACCGAUACCGAGACCCGGUCCGGGUCCGGGUCUGAUGAACUCAUCUUCUUCGUUAACGGGAAGAAGAUUGUUGAGAGAAAUGCAGAUCCUGAGAUGAUGCUACUGACAUAUCUGAGGAGGAAAUUGGGUUUAACAGGAACCAAACUGGGUUGUGCUGAAGGCGGCUGUGGAGCCUGUACCGUCAUGCUAUCCAGAUACCAAACACACACUCAACAGCUGCUCCACCACGCUGUAAAUGCUUGUCUCGCGCCGCUCUGCUCGCUGCACCUGGUCGCCGUGACGACUGUGGAGGGCAUCGGCAGCGUGGCCAGAAAACUACAUCCUGUACAGGAGCGGAUAGCGAGAGCUCACGGCUCUCAGUGCGGCUUCUGUACUCCGGGGAUCGUCAUGUCCAUGUACGCCCUGCUGAGGAACAACCCCACGCCCAAAAUGGUCGACGUGGAGGAGGCCUUCCAAGGAAACCUGUGUCGUUGCACCGGAUACAGACCCAUACUGGAGGGGUACAAGACUCUCACUGUGGAGGGGGGGUGCUGUGGUGGCAGGGGACGGGACGACGGCUGCUGUAUGACCAAUGGGAACGGAGCGGAGGAAAGCUGCGAGGAAGACGUUGAUGAAUCAACGUUUUUAUUUAAUGCAGCGGACUUUGCGCCCUUUGACCCCACACAGGAAGUCAUCUUCCCUCCUGAACUCAUGUCUCUCACCACCACUCAAACGUCAGCCUCGCUGUGUUUCCACGGCGCCCGUGCGACGUGGCUGCAGCCCGGCAGUCUUGACGAGUUCCUGCGUCUGAAAUGGAAACAUCCAGCCGGCCGCGUGGUCGUGGGAAACACUGAAGUGGGUAUUGAGGUGAAGUUUAAGAACAUGGUGUACCCGGUGAUCCUGGCUCCAGCCUUCAUCCCUGAGCUCAACACAGUGACACACACUGAGGACGGUGUGGUGUUUGGUGCAGCGUGCACUCUCAGCCACAUGGGGGCGGUGCUGAAGCAGGCGGUGGAGACUCUUCCUCCUCAUCAGACCCAAGUCUUCCUCGCCGUCCUGGAGCAGCUGCGCUGGUUCGCUGGACUGCAAAUACGCAACGUAGCUGCUGUCGGGGGAAACAUCAUGACUGCCAGCCCCAUAUCGGACCUUAACCCUGUUUUUAUGGCGGCGAGCUGCAGACUCACUCUGAUGGACAAAGACGGCCGACGUGUAGUUCGGAUGGACGACGGUUUCUUCACCGGUUACAGGAAGACGAGUCUGCGGCCGCAGGAGAUCCUGCUGUCUAUCGAGAUCCCAUACAGCAAGGAGUCUCAGUUCGUCUCCGCUUUCAAACAGUCUCCUCGCCGGGAGGACGACAUCAGCAUCGUCACCGCGGCGAUGAGCGUCACCUUCGCUCCCGGGAGCGAAGUGGUCGAGGACUUGAGGCUGAGCUACGGCGGCAUGGCAGCCACCACGAUGCUCGCAACGAAGACGGCCAAGAGACUGUUGGGAAGGCAGUGGGGGGAGGAGCUUCUGCAGGAGGCUUGCUCCUCAUUGGCUGAGGAGAUGACCCUCGACGCCUCUGCGCCGGGCGGCAUGGUGACGUACCGGCGAACUUUGACCCUCAGCCUCUUCUAUAAGUUCUACCUGACGGUGCUGCAGAAGCUCAGAGAGCAGGGUGUGAAUGUGGUGGAGGUCAGGUCCGACUGUCUGAGCGCUGCAGAGGUGUACCAUCCAGAGACCCCGUCCAGUGUUCAGAUCUACCAGGCGGUGCUGGAGGGGCGGGGCCAGAACGACGUGGUGGGCCGUCCCAUGAUGCACCUGUCGGCCCUGAAGCAGGCGACAGGCGAGGCGGUUUAUUGCGAUGACGUGCCGCUGUACGAGAACGAGCUCUACCUGGCUCUGGUCACCAGCAGCAAAGCACACGCUAACAUCCUCACUAUAGAUGCCUCAGCAGCAGAGUCAAUGCCCGGCGUGGUCAGCUGCGUGUUCGCCGCCGACAUCCCCGGCAGUAACACCACCGGACCUAUCCAAUCUGACGAGACCGUCCUCGCCAGCCAGCAGGUGACAUGUGUAGGUCACAUUAUCGGCGCCGUCGUGGCCGACACUCAGGUUCACGCUCAGAGAGCCGCCAAAGCUGUCAAGAUUCAUUACGAAGAGCUAAAGCCGGUCGUCACCAUCCAGGAAGCCAUUGCCGCGCAGUCCUUCUAUCAGCCAAUCAGGACUAUCCAGAAUGGAGAUCUGGAGGCGGGGUUUAAACAGGCCGACCACAUCCUAGAGGGCGAGAUUCACAUGGGAGGACAGGAACAUUUCUACCUGGAGACAAACGUCACUCUAGCUGUUCCUCGCGGAGAAGACGGAGAGAUAGAGCUCUUUGUUUCUACUCAGGCUGCCACCAAAACACAGUCUCUGGUGGCGAAGGCGUUGGGCGUCCCCGCCAACAGGGUGGUGGUGCGGGUGAAGAGGAUGGGGGGUGGCUUCGGGGGGAAGGAGACCAGAACCACCUUGUUGUCCACCGUGGUCGCCGUGGCAGCAAGCAAGCUUCAGAGGCCUGUGAGGUGUAUGUUGGACAGAGACGAGGACAUGUUGAUCACUGGAGGAAGACACCCCUUCUACGGAAAAUACAAGGUGGGUUUUCUAAACAGCGGUAAGGUUGUGGCUCUGGACGUGUCGUACUACUGUAACGCUGGAAACUCCAUGGACCUCUCUCUGUCGGUCAUGGAGCGUGCUUUGUUCCACAUGGAGAACUCGUAUAGCCUGGCGAACGUGCGCGGACGCGGCUUCCUGUGCCGCACCAACCUGCCGUCCAACACGGCCUUCAGGGGCUUUGGAGGGCCGCAAGGCAUGAUGGUCACGGAGAGCUGGAUCACCGACGUGGCUCAGACUCUGGGCCGGCCGGCCGAGGAGGUGCGCCGGUUGAACCUGUAUGUGGAAGGACAGUCGACACCCUACAACCAGAUGCUGGGUCAGUUCACCCUGGACCGCUGCUGGGACGAGUGCCUGUCACGCUCUGGAUACCAACAGCGCCACGCCGCCGUCAACCUCUACAACAAACAGAACCGGUGGACCAAACGAGGCCUCGCCAUCGUCCCCACCAAAUUUGGCAUCAGCUUCACCGCCCUCUUCCUCAACCAGGCUGGAGCUCUGGUUCAUAUCUACGCAGAUGGCUCGGUACUGUUGACCCACGGUGGAACGGAGAUGGGGCAAGGCCUCCACACCAAGAUGGUCCAGAUUGCCAGUAGGGUUCUGGAUAUCCCCUGUUCAAAGAUCCACAUCUCAGAGACCAGUACCAACACGGUCCCCAACACCAGCCCCACCGCCGCCUCCGCCUCCUCGGACCUCAACGGAGCCGCCGUGCAAAACGCUUGUGAGAUCCUCGCAACACGCCUGGAACCAUUCAAGACCAAGAACCCCAAAGGAUUAUGGGAAGACUGGGUGAAAGCGGCGUAUUUCGACAGAGUCAACCUCAGUGCAAACGGUUUUUACAAGACUCCAGAUCUCGGUUACGCCUUUGACUCAAACUCUGGCCGAGCGUUCAACUAUUUUACCUACGGAGUGGCCUGUUCAGAGGUGGAGAUCGACUGUCUGACUGGAGCUCACAAGAACCUGAGUACCACCAUCGUGAUGGACGUGGGUCACAGCCUCAACCCGGCUAUAGACAUCGGACAGGUGGAGGGGGCGUUCAUGCAGGGUCUGGGUCUCUUCACCCUGGAGGAGCUUCAUUAUUCGCCCCAGGGCGUCCUCCUCACCCGGGGUCCUGGUUCCUAUAAGAUCCCGGCGUUCGGGGACAUUCCCACCCAUCUUACCGUCUCGCUGCUUCGCGACGCUCCAAACGACAAAGCCAUCUUCGCCUCCAAGGCCGUUGGCGAGCCUCCUCUCUUUCUGGCGGCGUCGGUUUUCUACGCCAUCAAAGAUGCCAUCAGCGCUGCCCGGGUGGAGUCAGGCAUCAGCGGUCCCUUCAGGUUGGACAGCCCGGCCUCCGGCGAGAGGAUUCGCAACGCCUGCAGCGACAGAUUCACCAAACUGUGUCCUCCUGCAGAGCGCGGCUCCUUCACCCCCUGGUCUGUACAGGUGUAGGACCACAGACUGAGAAAACCACAAAACAAAAAGAGCUCACCAACUGAUCAGGACAGUUAGUGAUCUUACAUUAUAAUCUUUAAUUCUAUAAAAAUAGCUAAUAGGACUCGGGGAUUAACAUGAUUCACUGUUUUACAGUUUAAUGCUUUAAUAAGAGAUUACACUGAUUGUUGCUGCACUCAGUUCAUAAAAUUAAGUAUGAUCAAUUUAUGUUUUAUGGAAUAAUUGCACUGUUUGAAUGAAAUAAAACUUUUAGAAGCACA